AUGCGUUUAUCAAGUUCCUGUUUUUAUAUGGCCAUAUUAGCCGUUACUGAUUCAUGUGUAUUAUGGAUAGGAUGUUUAAAUCGUUGGUUAGAAUUAUUAGAAAAAAGUCGACCAAUAUUAGCCUGUAAUAUUUGUUGCAAAUUAUGUACUUUUUUAUUCUUUUUUUUUGCUGACUGCAGUGUUUGGAUAACGGUUGCCAUGACAAUUGAACGAUAUAUUGCGGUAUCUCGUCCAUUAAAAGCUAGUCAAUUAUGUACCGUUAAACGUGCAAAAUAUGUUCUUUUAACAAUAUUUUUAUUAUUUUUUCUCAUUAAUUCUCAUUUUCUCUGGACAUUUCAUUUAUCUUUUGAAUCAUAUUGUAUGCCUGUUAAUGAUAAUUCUCUAUUUAUUAAAUAUUUUACCUGGAUUGAUAGUUGCAAGUACUCAUUUUUACCAUUUUUAAUGUUAAUAUCAUUAAACAUAUUAAUUAUUCGAAGUCUAUUACAUAGUAGACAGAAUAGUAAAUUAUUGCAGCAAUCAACAACAUCUACAACAUAUUCCAUUUCAUUUUCAUCAUCUUCGACCAGUAAUAAUGGUCACGCUAACAAUCAUACAUUACAUCAUAAUCACAAUUAUCGUCGUGUUAAUCGCCGAUUAACAUCGAUGUUAUUGACCGUCUCAUUUGCAUUUUGUAUUUGUUCAAUGCCCAUAUCGAUAAUGCAAAUAAUUGAUGCUAUUUAUCCAAACAUUGAUAAACGUUCAGUGCAAUUAGUUGUGACAAUAUCAAUUGGAAAAAUUAUUGCAGAAAUAUCACAGUAUAUCAAUCAUAGUAUUAAUUUCUUUUUAUACGCAUUUACCGGACGAAUAUUUCGACAUGAACUUCAUCGUCUAUUUCUGCUUUGUUUUUGUCAUCAUCGUCUUCAAUAUCCUUAUCGAUUUUCCACAAGAAAAAAGAGUGCAAGACAACAAAACGAAUCAUAUCCAAAUACCUCAAGAACAAUUACUCAUCAACAUCGUCUAUCAACAGCAUCAGAUUUAGAACGAACUCGUCGAUUGUCAUCAAUCGCAUUAACAAAUUCUUCUAUCUAUCCUCAUAGUAGUCCUAGAAUAUCAUCCGUUUUUGAAAAUUGUCGCUAUUCUCUUCUUCAACGUUUUAGUGAAAAUGAUGAAACAACUACAACAGGGAUAGCAACUGAAAAUUCAUUGCAUGCACCACAACAACGACGUACUGAACCACGUAUUUCAAACGUAUCAAAUGUUACAACACAAACACUCUUGGACUUUAAUUUGAAGAAUGGUGACACAGACAUAAAUGAAAAUAAAACAAAAAUGCGUUCUGCUCUAAUCACGCUGGUAGAAACUAUGAAAAAUCAAAGUCAUAUACAAAAAUCAGUACUAAAAAGUCCAACGAAAAAUUAUUUAUAUGGCGUGACUGACACAGUCACACAUCGAUUGCUUUGA